AUGUCUAAGUCUGAAUCCUAUGAGUUCCAAGCUGAGAUUUCUCAGUUGAUGUCUCUUUUCAUUAACACUGUUUACUCAAACAAGGAAAUCUUCUUGAGAGAAUUAAUCUCCAACGCAUCUGAUUCUCUUGACAAGAUCAGAUACCAAUCUCUUUCAGAUGAAAAGGUUUUGGAAUCCGAGCCAGAACUAUUUAUCAGAAUCACUCCAAAGCCAGAAGAAAAGGUUUUAGAAAUCAGAGAUUCCGGUAUUGGUAUGACCAAGGCAGAACUGGUCAAGAACUUAGGUACUAUUGCAAAGUCUGGUACUAAAUCUUUUAUGGAAGCUUUAACUGCAGGUGCUGAUGUUUCUAUGAUCGGUCAAUUCGGUGUUGGUUUCUACUCUGUUUUCUUAGUUGCAGACAAGGUUCAAGUUAUCUCUAAAUCUAAUGACGAUGAACAAUACGUUUGGGAAUCUAAUGCUGGUGGUAAAUUCACUGUUACUCUUGAUGAAACCAACGAAAGAAUUGGUAGAGGUACCAUUGUCAGAAUCUUCUUGAAGGAAGACCAAUUAGAAUAUUUGGAAGAAAAGAGAAUUAAGGAAGUUGUCAAGAAGCACUCCGAAUUCGUUGCUUACCCAAUCCAAUUGGUUGUUACCAAGGAAGUCGAAAAGAAGGUUGAAGAAGAAAAGAAAGAAGAAGAGACUUCUGACGAUAAAGAAGCAAAGUUGGAGGAAGUUAAAGAUGAAGAUGACAAGGCUGAAGAAAAGACUGUCAAGGAAUUAGUCACUGAAACCGAAGAAUUGAACAAGACUAAGCCAUUGUGGACUAGAAACCCAUCUGAAAUCACCCAAGAUGAAUACAAUGCAUUCUACAAAUCCAUCUCUAACGAUUGGGAAGAUCCAUUAGCAGUUAAGCACUUCUCUGUUGAAGGUCAAUUAGAAUUUAAGGCUAUUCUUUUUGUUCCAAAGAGAGCGCCAUUUGAUUUAUUCGAAUCAAAGAAGAAGAAGUCCAACAUCAAGUUGUACGUUAGAAGAGUUUUCAUUACUGACGAUGCUGAAGAGUUAAUUCCAGAAUGGUUAUCUUUCGUUAGGGGUGUUGUUGACUCUGAAGACUUACCAUUAAACUUAUCCAGAGAAAUGUUACAACAAAACAAGAUCUUGAAGGUCAUCAGAAAGAACAUUGUUAAGAAGUGUAUUGAAACUUUCAAUGAAAUUUCUGAAGACAAGGAACAAUUUGAUAAGUUCUACCAAGCUUUCUCUAAGAAUAUCAAGUUAGGUAUUCACGAAGAUGCUCAGAACAGGGGUGCUCUUGCUAAAUUAUUAAGAUUCUACUCCACCAACUCCACUGAAGAAAUGACUUCUUUGUCCGAUUAUGUCACAAGAAUGCCAGAACAACAGAAGAACAUCUACUUCAUUACCGGUGAGUCCUUAAAGGCUGUUGAAAAGUCUCCAUUCUUAGACGCACUAAAGGCUAAGGGCUUUGAAGUCUUGUUCUUAGUUGAUCCAAUCGACGAAUAUGCAAUGACUCAAUUAAAGGAAUUUGAAGAUAAGAAGUUAGUUGAUAUCACCAAGGACUUCGAAUUAGAAGAAACCGAAGAAGAAAAGAAGAAGAGAGAAGAAGAAAUCAAGGAAUUCGAACCAUUAACCAAGGCAUUGAAGGAUAUCUUGGGUGAUCAAGUUGAAAAGGUUGUUGUUUCUCACAAGUUGGUUGAUUCUCCAGCUGCUAUCAGAACUGCACAAUUCGGUUGGUCUGCUAACAUGGAAAGAAUUAUGAAGGCACAAGCUCUAAGAGACACUUCUAUGUCUUCUUACAUGUCUUCUAAGAAGAUCUUUGAAAUCUCCCCAUCUUCUCCAAUCAUUAAGGCAUUAAAGAACAAGGUUGAAGAAAACGGUCCAGAUGACAGAGUUGUCAAGAACUUGACCACAUUAUUGUACGAUACUGCAUUACUAACCUCUGGUUUCUCCUUGGAAGAGCCAACUGCAUUCUCCAAGAGAGUUAACUCCUUAAUUGCAUUAGGUUUGAACAUCGAAGAGGAAGAAGAAGCAGCACCUGAAGCAGCAACCGAGACAAAGCCUGUGGCUGAAGAAGAAGCUGAAUCUGCUAUGGAAGAAGUUGAUUAA